AAUCGAUAUUUUAAUCUAGCAUACUAAUCAACCGGCUUCAGCUUUAUAGUCAGAAAAAAUUGUACAUCUUUUUUUUUAUAUCUCGCAUUUAAUUAUUUAAUUAAGAUGGCCAGCUACGAGGAAGUGAAAGAUAUACCAAAUCAUCCCACUAAAUAUUUAUUCGAUGUACGCAAUAAAAAUGAGCUAGAAGAAACUGGUGUACUGCCAGCUAGCAUUAAUAUACCGUUGCCCGAGUUAGAAAAGGCUUUUAACUUGCCCGAUGACGAUUUCAAGAAAACUUAUGGGCGCGCCAAGCCGUCCAUUGAUGCGGAAAUGAUCUUCUCCUGCAAGGCUGGUGGCAGAGCAGCGCGUGCCGCAAAUCUGAUCAAAACGUUGGGAUUUAUUAACGCAAAAGCCUAUGCUGGCUCAUGGACUGAAUGGGAGCAAAAACAGGGCAAAUAAACUAAUGAACCAUAAACAAUGCGAGCUCAAAAAAUAAUAAAUUU